AUGAUAGUACUCUGCCGCCAUGCGCCGCCGCGCCUCCCCCCGCGCCUCCAUGCCUGCGGCAAGCCCUGCCAACGAGCCUACGCGACAGCCAAGGCAUCCACUGCCGACGACAAGGCCGCAACGCCGAUAGCCAAGCAGCUGAAGAGGCUCGGGGCGUGGUCAAAAUCGGGCGAGAAGACGCGCAUCGGCGGACGCAAGCGCGCAAAGAAUGCAUUGGGCACGAGUGAAGCGCGCAGGGUCAAUAUUGUCAAUGAGGAACUUUGCGAUGAAGCCAUUCGAAGGCUCGGGAAAACGCUCGAGAAACACAAGGGAUGCGAUAUCCUCGACAUAGGCUCCGGUGCUUGUCUCUGGAGCCGUGCACUCCACGACACCGUCCAGCCACGACGACACUUGAUACUCGACGCCGCAGCCGAUCUCUAUGAGCCAGUGCGCAAGGAAGUCAUGGGCGAGCGACAGUACGACGUUAUACCAAAGUCAGGUAUCCUCUGGUCCGACCUCAACCCAAUCCUCGACAAGGAACUAGACCCAACCCACAAGCGCCCCGUGGACGAGACCACGCCACAUGACGACCUGCUUAUCACCCUUAACAUCUCCAUCUGGCCCAAGAAGUCGACCUGGGGCUUCGACAAUGUCACGCAGCUCCUUCUCUACCAGAUCAUGCACAGCAUUCGCACCCACACGCAACUGCAGCGAUACGCCAAAGUGCGGAUGCUGGUAUGGUGCAACGACGAGACGAAGAAGAUGGUGCUCCCACGCACCCUCCGCGCGCGCAAACGGUCCGCAUUCGAGGCGCAGAUGUCGUGCGAGUGGAUCCGCGAAGUAGCAGGCAGCGAUGAACCAAGCGAUAGCGACAGGCUGUACCUACGAGACAAGUGGAUAGAUUACGAGUCUGCCGCUGGUGCUCGUAGAUCCAUGGAAACUUUAGGACUCAGCACGCCGCGUCACCGUGAGACCCGACUUCAAUCCUUCCUUCGGCAGAAUCCCAGCCUGCUUACUGAACCGCUGGCUGGUGUACGCCCUCCCCUCUAUGAGCGACCUUUUCGGGCAGAGCUCGCCGAGGUCGAGGCUGCAGCGGACAGCAACGACGCAGCACUCCAGAAACGGGUCAUGUCUCUGAGAUCGCGAAACAAGGCCGAAGACCGCCAUGCACAGGAAUAUCUCGAGCAUCUUCACGUCCAUGACAGGCUCAUGGCCAUGGACCCGUCCGACCCCGACUUCGCCGCGCUCGCCGCGUCCUACGAGGAGUCCGUCACUGGCAUGAAGAAGAACCAGCUGAAGGAGUACGUCGUCGUCCGAGACAACUACCACAUGUUCAAAUACCAAGACCGUGGUCUGUUGUGGGAUCAAAGACCCUACGAACCUCUCGCUGUCAGCCCGCUCGACUUUUACCCCAACAAACCCCUUGCGCUCCUCGAUAUCCAGCCCAAGCUGCUUUCCCCGGUCCUUCGAAACCACGGGCCCAACACGGAUCGAUCAGGCGACUAUGGCAACAUCAUUCUGAAAGAACUGUUCCAUCGCACCGCCCAGCCCAUUGCAGGAAGUCUUCUUGACAACAUUGCACCAGGCUUCGCCGAGAUGGUCGAGGGCUCACGAGCCCCGAGUCUGUGGGACCCCAAGAUGGGCGGCAACCCAUUGGAGGGGGAAUCUGGCCUGACGGUGCGAGGCAUGAGCGUGAAGCACUUUGAGGAGAUGAUGGAGGCAUGGAUGCGAUGGCCUUUCCGACCCGACUAUCUGCACAUGCUCGCCCGAUCGACGACAAUCAACGAGGAGGUCGAUAACACGGUGGACGACGACGACAUGGCGAUGAAGUCGGGCGAAGACGAAGGCGUGGAAAUACUGUAA